CGCAUUGCACUGCAAAUAUACAAGAACGCGUAUAUCAUCAAAUUUCCAUUGUUUUCGUCUGAUAAAGCAUAACCGCAUAACCACUCUGACCUUACCGUUCAACUAAACAAGCCGGCAGAUCACGACUCCCAGGCCUGGAUCUCCCCUUUCCACUUUGAGACGACCAUUGAACGCAGUUCCCGCAGAACUCCUUUCACUUGCUACGACCCUUCUUGCAAAUCGUCAGAUUCCCGAACGACAUCUUUGCCGGCUACAUUCUUCAGCACCGUCCCAUACUAGGCCACCAUCUUCAAUCCUGACCGCUAUUUGCUUCCAAUCUCCGUCACUUCAACAUGGUCAAAUUCUACCCGUCUCUCAACGAAAACCACAUCGACUUCAUCUCCAGUCAACCGCUCUUCUUCGUGGCCAGCGCUCCUUGGGCUGGAGAUCACGUCAACAUCUCGCCAAAAGGCCAUCCAUCAAGAACCUUUUCUAUUCUUGGACCGAACACCGUUGCCUAUCUGGACGCGACCGGCAGCGGGUGUGAGACCAUCUCUCACGUCUAUGAGAAUGGCCGUGUCACAGUAAUGUUCUCUUCCUUUGGACCCUCGCCACAGAUCAUGCGACUGUUCUGCAAAGGAAGGGUAGUCGAAAAGUGGGAUCCGUACUACGGGCAAUUGCGCGCUAAGAUGGCGUCAGAGAACGGUGAUGAAGUCGACAUUACGGGCGCAAGAGCUAUCAUCGUGUUGAAGAUCCAGAAAGUGCAGACUAGCUGUGGUUUCGGAGUACCUCAGAUCAGUGGAGGAAAGUCCGCAAGCACGGAGGAAGCAACUGGUGACGCAAUCGCCUAUGUUGAUCACGAUCAUGAAGAUGGCGAAGAGAACGGCUUCAAGCAGCGGGAUACCAUGGAUACCUGGGCGCGAAAGCAGCUUGAGAAGCAAGAGCUCGCCGAUUACCAGAAGCAGUUCAACCACCGCUCGCUUGAUGGGCUACCGGGUAUGAUGAGUGCGCGGCGAUCGUAUGACGAGAACAUCGCUUUGGAGGACACGAAGGCUUGGUUCAGGAAGGUGAGCAGGCAGCAGGAUGCUGUAGCUCUGGGUGUGGGCUUGGGCGUUAUACUCAUGCUGCUAUUGAGUCUUGUUGGCGUACUCAGCAUCAAGCCGAUAUUCUUGCAACACAUACUGAAUGCGCAACGAAGGCAAUUGGGCUUACCGGAGGAUCAUUCGUGGAAGAGCGAGCUCUGAGUGGCUUUUGGCUCAUCAAUACGUUGCGACUGUUCGAAGCAGCAUGCUAUAGACUCAGAUAUUCUGGUAAUACGGGGCUUGAGGCGAGACUAUUCGCAAUUUACAUUUCCACACA